GUUUGACCUGCAGAGUAUCAGGCAAAAUGGCGGCGGUGAAAUGGAUGGAGGACGAAAGCGAACAAUAACCAAGAGUUGACGGUACAGCGUACAUAUCAUUUACGUUUCCUACGCUGGGAAGGUUGCAUUGCCAAAAUGGCCGACCUGAAGCAGAAUGCCAAGGAGGAGAGUGACACGGGGGCUGCGUCGGACAGCGCCGGUGACUCCCAGGAGCCCUUCGGGGGUCCGGCCAUCGCUCUGAAGGGUGGAGCGUCGCAGGCGCUGUUGCCGAAAUUGUCAGACCGCGGUGACAAACCUCUUAAUGGAAUCCAGUCAGCUCUGUCCAAACACCGCAGAACUUCCGGAAGCGAUUCGGAAACUGGAGCUUUCACAAAUGGACCUGGCUCACACAGUGACCCGGAGGAGCCCGGGGCUUCACCAGGAAAAGCCGCACCUGCCGAACGGCCAGGGAAUGCCACCAGUCCACUUCCAUCACAGGCACCCGGCAAGUCGAGGUCUACAGACUCGAAUAACGGUGCAGGUCUCAGCCCCAAACCAUUUGCAACACCAGGCUCCCAUGACAGUGAGUCCGAGGAACCCGACCGGCUUUCUGUGGAUGACCAAGACAAAAUCCCAGUUGGCCGAUACAGGUCCCCUGAUGGGCUCGGCGGCAGAAGAAUAUGGGACUUUGAUAUAGACUCUUCAGAGAGCUCCUCUGAUGACUAUGAGAGUGAUCUGAACUGGGACCCGCAGAAGGAGUUUAUGCAGUUCUUGUGGAGUGACCACAGCCAGCCGGAACUGGAGCAAAAGCAGGAGACCACUACGCCACCUUCAGGCCAGAGGAGGAGGAAGCGCAAGGUGCAAAUGCUGGAGAGGCCCAGUGUUCCCGAACGUGUUUACCCCCUGAAGAAGUCCCCCGCCUACGAAGGGCCUCCUGUAGACACCCAUCCCUUUAAGAAGAAGCCCAACUCUCAGCCUACAGUGGAAACAUGUGACAAAUAUCCCAAUGACACCGUAGAGGCCAUCAAACAGCUCAUUUUACACGCACCCACGAAGAAAUCCCAAGAUGACGUUGACGUCCAUGAGUUGGACGUGGGCAGUAAGCCAAAGCAGCAGAGUGCCGGUCCUCUGGCGGAGCUGAGCUCGGAGGAGGAGCCCUCGUUCUUCCCCUGCACCAAGUGCAACGUCAACUUCAAAGAGAAGAAGCAUUUGCAUAGACACAUGAUGUACCACUUAGAUGGGAACAGUCAGGUCCGGCAUGUCAACGUGCCCCGGCCCUUCAUAUGCAGGGAGUGUGGACGCUCCUUUCGGGAUCGAAAUUCUCUCCUGAAGCACAUGAUCAUUCACCAGGAGAGGAGGGAAAAGCUCAUGGAGGAGAUCAAGGGCCUCAACGAACUGAAGGACGAGGGCAGGACCGCCAGGCUGCAGUGUCCACAGUGUGUCUUUGGGACAAACUGCCCCAACACCUUCGUCCAGCACGCCAAGACACAUGAGAAGGACAAGCGGUAUUACUGCUGUGAGGAGUGUAGCCACAUGGCUGUGACAGAGCAGGAGCUGGAAACCCAUCUGUACGCAGCUCACCGUGUCGUGCGUAAACCGCAGUGCGACAUGAUGGGAAAAAGUGGCGGGCAAAAGGAGCAGAGGAGGUUUACCAUGGUGCGAAACAACGUGCCAGACGCCACCUCCUUUCCCUGCAAAAUAUGCCCCUUUAGCACUCGGAACAAGAACAUUCUGAAGAAGCAUGUGGAGCUCAUUCAUCAGCAGCCGUACCAUGCUGAUGAGGAGGACGUUGACAACAGGGAACCCCUGUAUGACGUUGCAGACGACUAUGCAACACCUGCGUACAGGCAGCACAAGUUGACGGGCAAGGCCCAGAAAUCAGACACUCAGAGGCUGCAGCUGAAGCCAAAGUUCUGCAUGGAGAAGCAGGCUUUCAGGAAGAGGGCAGAGCUGCCCUUUUGGUCUGAAGGCUUGGCCCACCUGUUCAGAAAGAGCAAAGUCACUCAGAAAGCUCGCAAGGGCCUGGGCUUCCCACUGUCCAAGUGGAGCCCCGGAAAUUCACUCAACAAGCUGUCAGCCUCUUUACGGAAAAGUGACAAGCAAAGCAAAUUAUCUUCUCAGCAGGCUGCAAGAAUAGACGUCACGACAGGGCUCCCUUAUGUGGAAGACGGCUACAACGAUGACGACCAGGGUUACGGGAGCCUAUUUUCAGGAAACUUGGAGAAGCCAAACUCCAUCCCUCGCUGCUACAAGCCCCUGCUACCGAAAACGGAGAAAUCCAACAGCAUCUUCUACACUGGUUAUGAGCUUGAGAAGGGACAGGGAGAUAGCGAGGAGAGCGACAGCAGGCAUUUGAGAGUGGAGCCAUCCAUUAAGAGGAAGUCUCCCUCCAAGAGGAAGAUGUCUACGCCAUUUCACAACACUAUGGAAAAGACGACCCAUGUGAUUUUACCAAAACAUGAACAGACUCCAAAGAAGCAUGAAAUUCUCAAGGACGUGAGCUACGAGGACCCAUAUGACUUCAGCGAUUACACGAGCGAAGCCACGGCCAACUUCCUGGACAGUAACGAGAAUGAACAGAAUCCCUACGCUCGGAACUACUUCAUCCGGAGGCAGAGGUUUCCCGCCAAAGAGGAUCGGGGCUCGUCUGGGGACACAUUUGAAAAGAGCGGAGACUCUGGGAAUGAAAGCGACACCAUUCAGAAGCUGAUUGUGAAGGAGGAGCGCAUCGAGACGGACGUGUCUGCACACACCCCUGGGGUGGACAUAGACCCCCAUGUGGACUCGUUCUCCGACUUUGAUCCACCCACCUUCGGGGGCGAGCGGAAGUCCUGCCCAUAUUGUCCCGCCAUGUUUGAGUCCGGGGUGGGGCUGUCCAAUCACGUGCGGGGACACCUGCACCGGGUGGGGCUGAGCUAUGAUGCGCGUCAUGUGGUUUCACCAGAGCAAGUGGCAUCUCAGGACCGCAGACCUCGCAUCCGGCGGAAGAUUACCACCAUACGGCGGAUGAGGAAAGCGCACAAAUCGGAGUCGCAGUCUGGCCACACGUGCCCGUUGUGCGGAGGCUGGUUCGACACCAAGACGGGCCUGUCGAACCACGUCCGCGGCCACCUGAAACGCAUCGGCCGCACCGUGUCCAGCACGAGCAAGUCGCCGCUGUGCAUCCUCAAUGAGAUGAUGCAGGAUGAGAAGGAGUGUCAGCACAUCCUACAGGUGCUUAACAGGAAGCGCUUCCUGUCGCGCCCCUUUGUCUCGCAGAAGUUUGCCAGCAGCGAUGGCCUCUUCCUGUCCCCCACUGGCAUCCCUGUCAAGAUUCAACACAUGAGCCAUGAAGAGGGAGCGUGGGGGCCUGCCCCCCCACGGCAUGCGGCGGAGGGUCUGCAACCCAAACAGGAGGAGGCCAGGCCUGAGGUCGCCACCACCCCCUCCAGCACUUUGAUUGAGCUGCUGAAGAGGAAGAAGCUGGAUGAGGAGAUGGAGAUGAACAAUCGCUCGCAGACAGCCAGGAAGUGUCUUGGGGUGUCCCCUCCCAAAGAGCGCAAUGCAGCACUGCAUCCACUAGGGGCAGAAUCCACCUGGACACCAGAGAAGAAUGAUUUGAACAAGAAGGUGUGUGUUCACUGUAACACGACAUUCCACAGUGCAGUCAGCCUGUCCAAUCAUCUGCGAGCUUAUGCACGGCGCAAGAGGGCCGCCCUGCUGGAAGGCACAACCUACGACUGCAAACAGAAGAAGCAGAGAUCAAGGCCCGGGCCCAAGAAAAAAAUGUUCCGGUUGCCACAUGCAGCUGACGAGAUCUAUAGACUCACCUGCAGGUUCUGCGAUCUAGUCUUCCAGGGUCCGCUGUCAGUCCAGGAGGACUGGAUCAAGCACUUACAGAGACACAUAAUGAACACCGGCGUGCCACGUACGGGGGCGGGCAUGGUGGAGGUGACUUCUGUGCCCAAAGACCCCCCCUCUCCCCCCCAAGAGCAGACCCCCCCCUUGGUGUCUCAGAUGGCCUACUGAGCCAAGGAAACUUUUAUAAACUCACUAUUUUCACUUUAGGUCAAUUGUGCAUAUGUACAUAUAUAAAUAAAUAUAAGUAUAUCUAUAUAUAAAUAUAUAAUUUCAUACAAUGUAUACAGAUCUCGCUUUCCCUUUUUAUAUGGGUAUCUUUUAAAUCUGGUGAAUUGGUUUAGGAACAUUCAAUUCAAAGGUGCAGCAACUUAGGUGUGACAGGGAUGAGUUUGAAGUCUUUGUAUCACGCUCUCUUGUGUGACUAACACUAUUUUUCACUAAAUUUUAGUGGUAUUUUACUCUGUCCACGUUUUAGGGUAGAAUUCAUGCUGAGAAUAUGAUUUGUCCUCAGUUUUCUUUUUUUAUGCAGUGAUAUGAACAGUGUGAACGCACUACCAAAUGAGACAACCCAUACCUCAGAUAGUGUCCAUUAGGUCAACAGUGGUCUCCGGGAACAGUGAUCAGCACGUUUUUCUUUUCUUUUUUUUCUUCGUUGGUUUGUUUGUUUUCCCGGUACGGUCAGCCUUUGUACUGUGGCGUGCAGUCAACAUUAGUACUGUAGAGUAGGUGACGCAAACAGGGUGAAAGGCAUUCUGGGUAACUGGAACGCUGUUUCGAUUUGUCCCACAUGCUUAAAUAAACACCACGUGACUUUUCUGGAACCAAGACAACUAAUUAUUCAUGUAAUACACUUACAGGCUGUCAAGUAAAGUCUGUACAUACAGUUUUCAUUUUUUUGUUGCUUUAAACCUUUAUUUAAGUCUGAUCGAAGCUUCAGUGAAGAGCAUGGAUUGCGUUUCGUACAGAACCCUGCAAGCGUGCCAAUGGAUUUUCGUGCCCCUGUGGCUGGCAUGACUCAGUCGACCUCAUCGCGCUCACAGACUGCCGUCUUUGCGGAUCUCCGGUCCUCAAGUUGUUUAUAACAUCCUGGAGCACAUUCGCGUUUUGUAACGUCGUUUUCACGCCGUGACUCCUGCAAUUACUGCUUCCUGGAAAAGAUAAACCCUCUCGUUCACUUACCGUAUUUAAAAGAAAAAACUGAUUUACUGUGCCAGAAACGUUGCCGUAAACAUUGGUUUUUAAUUUUUUUUAUUGUAUGUAAAACACAUAGUUAUGGUGCUGAAAACCUCAUGUUAGAUAUGCUUAUUAAAUAAUUAAGGACUAAGGCUGAAGGUUUAGUUGUACCGAUCCUGGCGAAAUCGUGUGUUUCUGAGUAGUGAAUGUAACCGUUAAACGUGUAUUUGGUUUGUGGACGUGUUGAGCUGAGAGUUACCCUGUAUUCAUUUGCCGUAGUGCUCUAGAUAUAGCCGCCUUUCGAUGACAAUAAGUAUGAGACUAAUUCUGCUUUUGUGUUUCAAGUUCGACUCGACUGUAAACUUCUUUUUUUAUCUGUGUAAAAGAAAUUGGUGCAAAUAAAAAUAUGCUUGGUAACGGACAUAUCAUGUGGUGGGAAUAUCUAGGUAGGGCGUUAAGGACGUUUUUUUUGUUUUGUUGUUUUUUGGUUAUGUGCCUUCAGAUGCAUGUCGACGUACCAUAACGGUUAACCUCAAUGUGUUAGUUAUGAAAAACCAUAAACCUGAGCUACAUUUAUCACAGAACGUUUAUUUUGCCUGCAUUAAUUGCAGGUAAUGUGAGUAAAUAAUGACAUUAUAUACACAAGGUAAUGAUUUUUGCCCAACUCUAUUUCUGUUUUAUACUGCAUAUAUUAGAUAUAACAACUAUACUACUAAAUUACGGUGUUUCAAACGUUCAUCCUCACAAUUUUUUUUUUGGAGGGGGGAAGGAUUUUAUAACUAUUAAUAUUCCGUGUGUACUGUAAGACAUUGCUCAUUGUAAAAAGUGAAAGCCUUUUAAUUAAUGUUACAUUUGUAGGAGUCUGUUCAGUAUAUCUGCGAAUGCACGUACGAAGAAACGGUAACACCUUAAAUUAAGGUACUCGCACACUUCAGUCCCUUCUCAGUCGCGAGCGGGAGCGCGUUCUCGGAGUGCCGCGCCGUGCACGAACAGCCGGGCCCUCCAACUUCUGUCCUCCAGAACAAAGGAACAGCCGCAUCUCAAUUAUUUAACGGCUAAUACUCUUUAAGCUUUUGUAAAUGAAUUAUUCUGUCUUGGUGACACGUCGUUAAGGCCCCUUUCACUUCUCUCAGACUGUUGCUACUUUCAACUUUGGUAGCGUCACUGGAGAUUCAGGGUCCAUGAGAAAUGAGAUGUGAUCUUAACACUAGAGGUUCUGUAGGGCUUGUCGGCACCAAGGGGCAGCCACUGUGUACAAGUCAUUCACAAUAGUUUGUGUCAAUGUUUAUAGCUAAAUCUGGGUUGAACUGUAAACAACAUGCACAUAUAUAACAAUCACUAUAUAUAGGCUACACUAAUUCUGUGAUAUACUAUAUUCAUUAUUUUUCAGGGAACUUUUUAAUGACCCACUCUUUUGGACAUCAGCAGAAAGAUGGUUAGUGUCAGACAUAAAAAAAAGUCAUUUGCAAUAUCCAAUAAUAUCCCGUCACUUUGGUGCAUAAUUAGAACCUGUUGGUUUUAUGUGAACCUUUCCCUUGACUGUUAACUUAAGUGUUUAUGCAAAAGUUUUUCUUUAAAUAAAGUGAUAUUGAACUGCGA